UAUCUCUUUAUCUUCAUGUAAGUGAUAAUUAAUUGAAGAGUAGCAUCCGUCGUAUCUCCUUUCAAUUGACUCUUUAAAACGUUUAUGUAAUAUGCUUGUCGCUUUUCAUCGUAAAAUCAUAUUGUGCGUUAUCUUGAUAUCAAGAUGUUCAGCCUUGUUUUUCGGUCAGAAAUAUUGGCUUCCGGAUCUAGAGUGGCGAACCGCGAGCAAUUGGGCGAACAAUCAUAUCCCAGAGAUCGAUAGUCAUGUGAUCUUUCCUCAGCAGACUCGACACGCGGUUGGCAUCUCCGGAAUGGACAAUCUUAGGCUAUCUGGAAUUGAUUUACCAUGGCAGGGAUUAUUGGUACUGCCUAGAGAUGGUAAAUUGCAGCUAAGCAAUUCACGCACGGACGCAAAAGUUAGUAGAUGGUCAAAGGAGGGUAGCAUCUUUUGGGCUGAUCCCGCAAAUUGGAACGGUAGUUCAAUAGCGGCGCCGCAUCUCGAGCGCGUUCCCUGCAGUUAUGACAACAUUGUCUUGCCGAGUGAGAAUCGUACUUUGAGUAUUCUCCUACCUGUAAGAGAGAUAGGAGUGAAAUCAAUUCGGCUAACAAACGAGAGCCAGCCGUUUACCGAAUGGGAAUGGCAAAACUUCCAAGAUCGUAGAGAGUUUUCCAGAGGCAGGUUUACUGUAAAAUACAGUGACAUGGUAUGGCGACCUGUAAGUACGCUCGAUUGUAAGAAAGUUUUCUGCCAGGGAAACACUCAGGAUGAUUAUCUUGAGGAGAUUUGUGCCAUUCAGAGGCCAAGGUGUGGAUUUAUGGGCUGCGAAUAUCCUCUUACGGUAGAAGGUCACUGUUGCUCGUAUUGUGGCGGACGCGUGUCCAUAUCGCAGCAGAUUUCCUUAACCACAGUACAAACCGUGGCGGACGAAGCUUUAGAAGGAUACACGGAAAAGGUUGCUUGGCACACCAGAUGCACUUGGAAUGGAGGUGUAGAAAUACUCAUAAAAGAAAAAGGGGAUUAUUCCGGCAUUACGAUAGAGGAAGCCGUAGAGAAUUUACGGGAAAUGCUGCAAAAUACAGGAAUCAAUGUGACAAAUGCGGAGACGGCGGGUGCAGCAAUGAAAGAUACUCGAUUGGCCGUUACGCUUGGACCGCUUUUCGGGAUCCCUUUCGUCAUAAUCACUCUUCUUCUGUUGGCCUUUCUGUAUUUUGGUUAUUCUUUAGAGCAAGUUCUCUCUGGAUGUAUGGAAGCCGUCUCAUCCGUUCGAGAUGGCAUUCGGGCGGACAAGAAGCACGGUUUCGCCCGUUUUGAGAAUAUUCCUGAGGGCAACGUUCAGAUUGGCAACGUUCCUGAAACGAGCGGCCAAGAAGCUGACGAUAACGUCGGGGGGAUAAAACAAAUCGCGGUUGGCAGAUUUGAAAAUCCCUUAUACAGAUCCAAGAGAGACAAGGCGAAAGAAAGUAAAAUUCUCGACAUAGAUGCGCCUCUCAGUCUCACUGCUCUAAAAGGAAAGAUAGAAGAUCAAUUAGAAAAUGAAGAGAUGGAUACUGAGGAAUAAGAGU